AUGAGCAACUUCCUAGUGGAUCACCCAUCCUGGGAUUGCUCCAACCCAAACUCACUUAACUUCGGAGUUCCCGUGGAAUCUGAAACCAAUGAGGUCUCAAAAGGCCUCGUGCUAGAUGGAGGUGGGCAUGUACAUAUAAGGCACAUCACCCCCUAUCUAUUGAUCGAUGUGGGAUGUUGCAAUCCACCCACCUUAAGGGCCCGACGUCCUCGUAAACACACUUGCACCACACGGCAGAGUGGCUCUGAUACUAUUCUGUCGCAUCUCGGAUCGGCUCUGCCGUAG